UUUGCCCGUGAUUCAUUGAUUCAUUGUAGAAAACCGGCUGGCUGUGCUGUAUAGUGUUCUGUAUACGUUUGUUGCACCGUCUGCAUUGCGCCUGCCUGAACUCUAUAUGCACUUGUAAAAUAAAGUAGCCCAGAUCUAGCUAGAUUUCAGUUCGGUCUGUACUCCUUUGGCAACAUGACGUCUGUCGUGGAUGAAAGGGUUACUGAUGAAGUGGAAGCCUUGGUGGCUAUUUUAAUGGACGAUGUCAUCAUAAGAAGAGUCGGUAAUGUGCCUACUGUUAUUGAAACAGUCGUCAAUCCGCUAACUGGGGAAGAUAUUGAUCAGCAAUAUGUAUGUGUGACAUUGGUGGUUCAAUUGACCCCGAACUAUCCAGAUACGAGUCCCGAUGUAGUCCUCAGGAAUCCUAGAGGAUUAGACGAUGAUCUUAUAGCCAGCAUUCACUCGCAAAUCAAGAUAAAGUUAGCAGAUUGCCUGGGCCAGCCCGUUGUUUUCGAGCUUAUAGACGUAAGUAUAUUGCGCUGUAUUUUGGGAGAGACUAUUGAUUUUUUGCUCCUUAGUUAUUUUGAUCAUCUGUUAUAGUAAUAUUGAUGUUUU